AUGUGGGACAAUCAGGUGAACAAUGCGCUCAACGUGACGCAUUUGAUGCUGGGUGCGGAAGGGCUACUGGCCCUGCAGCAGCUGGGUGUCGAUCCCUCAGUGGCCUUGGAGGCCAUCAACGGCUCCAGUGGGCGAAGCCUGCAAACUGAGCAGCGGCUUCCACAGGACAUGGAGCGGAAAUUCUUGACUCGACGUUUUGGCUAUGGCUUCAAGCUGCCUUUGAUGGCCAAAGACUGCCGCAUCGCCGCCGAAGUCUUGGAGACCUUGCCCAGCUCCCAGAGACGAGCCUGGCGUAUUCUCAGCGGUCCACGUUGCCCCUUCGCUCAUGGCGCCAAGGAGCAGCUCUACCACCCAAACUACUUCAGGACCUUGGUUUGCAGGGACUUGCAACGACGCAGGUGCCCCCGCGCGCACUUGUGUGCGUUCUUCCACCGGCAGUCGGACUGCCGAAAGAUCAAGCAUGACCCCGUGGACUAUUCUCGGCCUUUGCCCGAGAAGGACGUGCCCUCUGACUGGCUACUGCACUUCUUGAACCCACCGAAGUUCCAAGAGGCGGCGCAAGACUAUGGCUUGGAAAGCUUCAUGCAAUCGGCCAUGGCGCCCGCCAUGCCCUUGCACCAAAUGCCUUUUUAUCCGGCCUAUUGCAAGGAGGACUUGGAUUCCGGCUCAGUGAGCACCGCCGAGGAACUCCACGAGGAUGCAGAGACGACGUCCAGCUUGGCGGCCACACACGUGCCGCCCAGCCUCACUUUGGGCGCGGAGGAUGCCUGGACCUUGCUGUCUUCAGGGCACAAGGGCGAGGAGCUCUACUGGAACGAGGCCAUGCCGUAUUUCAACCAGUACUCUGAGGCCUUUGCCAGCCCCUUUACUGGGAGCAUUGCCGCAGUGGAAGGUGCAGGCGGCGCCUAUGCAGCAUCUGUACAGGCUGCACAUGCCGCUCGCCAGCCCAAGGCAAUGCAGGGAAUGGAGAGUUUCGACGUCGCAGCCAGCUUGCUUUCUCACCUGGGGAUCGGAGACGUGGCCUCCACCGACCUCGUUGGGCGCCGCGACAUCUGA